AAGAACGAAUGUGCAGAGGAAAAAAGACCAUUGCUAAGCUAAAGUCGGGCUCAGUCUGUUCUUACUGAUAAAGACCAUAAAACAACAGAAUUAAUUAAACAUGAACUACUGAAGCUAAGUUCUUCUACCUUCUUCGGAUAAAGAGGCUACUUUUUUCCUCCCAGGGACAGAAACGGAGGAACAGACAGGGAUCCGCUCAGUUCAGUGAUCCACAACAAAACUUGUGCCAAGUCUCCGUGUUGCUGUAUGCAAGAUUGAGUCCAGGUUCUUCUGAGUGGGCUGUGAAGACCAGAGGAUCCAGAAACACCACCGGGAUUUGCCACAAAAUGAUUUCUUUUAUCAAGCAAGAUGUUCAUGCACAUCACUCUAUCUCCAACAAAACAGAAGUGACUGUUCUGGACCAGAGGGAAGCAGAAACUCUCAAAACUAGAGAAGAUGAUCUAUCUAAACUUGCUCAAGUAAAAGAAGAAGAGCAUGAAUCAGAUCAUCUGCAGAAUGCAAAGAAAGAUGACUACAUAGUUCUAAAGCAAGAGGCAGAUACCUUAAUGGGAACUGUGUGUAGAUUUCUUGAAAUAAAAGAGGAACCAGAAGAAAUAGAAUUGAAUCAAAUAGAGGGAAAUAACAGUGAAUUAGAAUCUCAGCAGAUGGUAAAGAUUGAGGCUGAGGGUGUUGGUCAGAAUGAAAACUGGGAUGUUCUGAGGCAGGAGACAGAAACUUUAAGAGAAACAGUUUCUGGCUCUCCUGAAAUAAAAAUGGAACUAGAGGACCCUGACCUGAAACAAAUAAAGUUAGAUGUUAGUUCGGAUAUUGCACAAGGUGUACUAGCUUGUUAUUUUUUUAUCAACCAUAAAGGGAUCUGUGUUUUGGACAACAAGGAAAUUGAAUCUCUGCAAAACAAAGAUGAACCAGAAGAUGAUGAAUAUUAUCCUAACUCAGAAUCUCAGCAACCAGUAAAGAGUGAGGUUGAAAACCAGGAUGCACUGAAGCAAGAGACCGAAACCUUAAUAGGAACAGAUUCUUAUGAUGAAACAGACCACCAGCCAUCUGAACUAAGUGAAAAACAAAUUCCCCUCCAGAACUUUACUGAAAAGGAACAUCAACAAGGAUCCAGCAGAGAUAAACAGCAGCUAACGAAAGGUCAGAAAACCAGACGUAAAAGUGAUAAAACAGACAAAAACACAAAGGAGAACAUUGUUUUCAAAGAGAAAAAAUCGAAACUGUGUGAGUUGUGUAGUUUAAAAUGUGAAAAAUCUUUCAAUCAAAAAGAUAAUUUGAAUAUGAUCCCUUCUGCAGAAGAAAAACCCCAUCCAUGUGUAAAAUGUGGAAAAAGUUUCAGUGUAAAAUACAGCCCAAAUACCUACAUGAAAGCUCAUACAGCUGAGAAGCCUUUCUUAUGUGUAACCUGUGGCAAAGGGUUUACUAGAAAAACAGUGUUAAAUGUUCAUAUUAGAUCUCAUACAGGAGAGAAGCCUUUCUCGUGUAAUAUAUGUGAAAAAGCGUUCUCUGGAAGAAAUAAAUUGAAAAUUCACAUGAGAAUUCAUACAGGUGAGAAGCCUUACUCGUGUAUUACAUGUGGAAAAGGUUUCCGUAAAAAAUAUCAUUUGACUACACACAUAAGAUCUCAUACAGGAGAGAAGCCUUUCUCAUGUAUUAUCUGUGGAAGAGGUUUCUCUGAAAAAAAAAAAGUGAAAAUCCACAUGAGAAUUCACACAGGUGAGAAGCCUUUUUCAUGUCAAACCUGUGGUGAAGUGUUCCGUUUUAAAACUUCUUUAAAUAUCCAUAUCGCAUCUCAUACUGGAGAGAAGCCUUUUUCAUGCACUAUUUGUAAAAGAGGUUUCAGUAAAAAGGAUUAUCUGACUACACACAUGAGAACUCAUACAGGUGAGAAGCCUUACUCAUGUCAAACCUGUGGAAGAAAAUUUCGUCGGAAAUAUGAUUUAGAUAGCCAUAUCCGAGCUCAUACAGGAGAGAAGCCGUUUUCAUGUAAAACCUGUGGGAAAGGGUUUAAGAGAAAAAGUGGUUUAAAUGUUCAUAUGGGAAUUCAUACAGGAGAGAAGCCUUUCUCAUGUGUUACCUGUGGCAAACAGUUUCGUCUUAGAAGUUUUUUAGAUAUGCAUAUUAGAUCGCAUACAGGAGAGAAGCCUUUCUCAUGUGAAACAUGUGGAAAAGGUUUCAGUAAAAAAGAUCAUUUGACUAGACACAUAACAAUUCAUACGGGUGAGAUGCCUUUUUCUUGUGUAACCUGUGGAAAAAAGUUCCGUAUAAAGACGUCUUUAAAUAGCCAUAUCUUAACUCAUAAAGGAGAGAAGCCUUUUUUAUGUAUUUUAUGUGGAAGAGGUUUCUUUGAAAAAAAAAGUUUGAAUAUUCACAUGAAAAUUCAUACAGGUGAGAAGCCUUACUCAUGUCAAAUCUGUGAAAAAAAGUUCAGUCAAAAAAGUAUUUUGAAUGUCCAUAUCAGAUCUCAUACAGGAGAGAAGCCUUUCUCAUGUAAUAUAUGUAAACGACCUUUCAGUGAAAAAAGAUUAUUGAACUGUCACAUGAGAAUUCAUUUGCAAGAGAAGCCUUUCUCUUGUAUAGAAUGUGGGAAAGGUUUUACUCGCAAAUAUAAAAUGGAAUGCCACAUGAGAAGUCACACAAAAUAGAAAGUAAUUUUUUUAUAUAAUCACAUUGUUUGUGGAAGGCAUAAUCUUUUUGAUUUUAAUCCAAGUAACAGUUGUAAUCAAUAUUAUGGAUAAAAGACAAAAAAUGAGAAACAUUGAAUAGGGAAAUUGAAUAAUAAAUGUGAAUGGGGUGGGAAGAGUAACAAUAAACAGUAUGUUUUAUAUUAGAAUAGCAUAGAAAAUUCCUUUGUCCCACAAUGGGGAAAUUUUGGUGUUACACCAAAAGGUUAUAGUAAAAGUGGUCACCAAAUGUUCACAUUAGAAAAGUGUAUAUAUAUAUAUAUAACAGAUAGGAAAAUAAAGCAAAUAUAGUAUUGUAUUGUACAGUGCUUUCUACAAUAUUGUCCAAAAUAAUCAAGACAGACAACACACAUGCAUCCAAACAAAGAAAAAAACAGAAAUAAAAAAACAUAAGUUGAGCAGCUACAAUAAUCCAUUCAUAUGUUCAUUAACAUAAAGCCUGUUAGCUUAACAUGCUCUCAAAGCUACUAAAAGGGGCUACAAUCAAACUGUUGGCAAAAUAUUUGAGUUAAUAAAAAAAAACUUUAUAAACUUAUUACAACCCUUUACAUGAGCCAUGCAAAAAAAUUUCAACCACAUAAUUAGGCUACAUUACUCAGCAAUACAGCAUUCAAAACAAACUGGAAGCUGCUCAGAGCCCAGAUUACAAAUGCAUCCACAGCACACUGUGGGGGCAGGAUAGGGAGGAGCAGGAGCAAGUUACCAAGACUUAAAAAAUCUCAGCCUUCAUAAUUGAGCAAAUUGUAUUUUCUGUCACACGAUACACAUAAUGCUAUGUUUUCAAGUGAGAAAGUACACCUCAAAAUAUUGUCUGUCAUUAUAUUCAUAUACUCUUCGAUGCUCAUUAUACUAUGAGGCCAUAAAUUUGCAGACAACACAUGUCAUGUCAAAGGCACUUUACAAAGACAAUUCACUAAAUUAACUGCCUUUGGAUAAUCAUUAAGUCAGACUGAAAUAUUGUUGCUACUCUUCCUCACCUAGAAUUUCUGGGUAUUUGAAAAUUUACAUAUCUAAAGGGAGAUUGUCUCAUUAAUGCUCACAUAAUCCUCUUGCUGCAGCCAAAUUUCUGUAAGGCAAAAUAAAUCAACGUGAUUAUUACAAUUCAAGUCAUUAACUAACAGACCUUUUGAAGAAAGGGAUUUUCUGUUAAAUAAACCAUAUUAAAUCAAUGUAACUUUUUCCCCAAUGGGGAGUUAUUUUAGUUUUAAUUACAUUAUCAUGAUUUACUCCUUUGGGAUUCUUUUUUAAUUUCUUUGAUUUUGGCCGUGGGCAAAACACUGUCUGGAUGGACUAAUGUGUGGGUAACAGUAGAGAAGCUACAGAGAGUUGUGUUAAACUAUGACUCUGCUUCCUGGUCUGCACCUUAAGCUGUCAGGGUGUUUGUUAAUGACUUAGGAAUUGUUGUAAAUUAUGAUACAUGUUUAUGCUUAAUCAGAGUUUCAACAGAUUGUAUUGGAAUUAUUGAUAAUAAAUAAUUAAAGGACAAAUUUCCCUGUAUUGAAAAAGUGACAACUAUUAAAAUGCAUUAACAGUU